AUAUAAAGGAACAGAGGCCCUUGAUUAUGUUAUUAUCUUUGCAAAUAGUCUUCCUAUAGCAUUCCCCAGGUAGUCUUCCAGUGACUUUAAAAUUAUUCAGAUAGGCUAACCAUUCCUUCCACUAUGUAUUCACUAAUAGCAAAAUUCUAUGUGUUGCAUCAGCAAUUUGAUAAUAUAAAGGAAUGGUUUUGUGUAUUUCACACAGCACUGGGACUGUGCAUAGCAUCUCUGGGGGUUCUUUGAUGUCUAGACAGUUUCAAUUAUGACUGCUCCCCUGCCUCCAAAUUCCACCCCUGUUCUGCUUCAGGGGUUGUGGGAAAUGAAAACAAACCAGAAGGGUUCCACAACCUUAUAGUCUAGCGGGGAAAAAAACAAACAAGUAGAGUAAGCUGUAUAUCUACAAUGGCAGGUGCAUAGGAAAGGGCCUGAUUAUAAGGAAUGGAAGAAUGAAGAGAAUUUGGGGCAGAUAUUGUCCUGCUUAUUUACUUCUAAUUGUAUGUAAACAUGGAAUACAUGUGCAAUGGGAACAAAAUGAAAGCAUUACAGAAGAAUUACGGAAGAAAAUCAGGUUGCCUUUUAGCCCAAAGCCCCAGUUCUUUCCUCUUCACCUGCUCAUAGGCAACCAAAUCUAAGACUUUGGCGUGUUCACUGUACACUGUCAAAUUUAUGGAAAUGGUAAGAUGGAAACUUGUGUUUUAAGCUAUAAAACUAACUUUUAUUUCUUCCUUCCUUUUGUUUUCCUUGUAUAAUUCGGGAUGUCAUGGUUCUUCCCGUUCAUCUGAUUAGAAAUGGAACCUCUCCAUUAGCCUGUCUGAAUGCAAUGCUUCACACUAACACUCGAAUAGGGGAUGGAACAUUCUUCAAAAUCCCUGGAAAGUCAGGCCUCUAUGCUCUCAAAAAAGAGGAAUCCUCUUGCUCAGUGGAUGGAGCUUUGGAUUUAGUCUGUGAAUCUGAGUUGGAUGGCACAGAAAUGGCUGAGGCAAAUGCCAAUGGAGAGGAAAAUGGAGUUUGUGUGAAGCAGGUAACCGAUGAAGCAUCUUCCACUCGAGAUUCAAGCCUUACUAACACAGCAGUGCAAAGCAAGUUAGUGUCUUCCUUUCAGCAACACACCAAAAAGGCUCUUAAACAGGCUCUGAGGCAGCAGCAGAAAAGAAGAAAUGGAGUCUCAAUGAUGGUAAACAAGACUGUGCCUCGUGUUGUGUUGACACCAUUAAAGGUGUCCGAUGAGCAGUCGGAUUCACCUUCAGGAUCCGAAUCUAAAAAUGGUGAAGCAGACAGUUCAGAUAAAGAAAUGAAACAUGGGCAAAAAUCUCCUACUGGAAAGCAAACAAAUCAGCACUUAAAACGAUUAAAAAAGUCUGGUUUAGGACACUUGAAAUGGACCAAAGCUGAGGACAUUGACAUAGAAACCCCAGGAUCUAUUCUUGUCAACACUAACUUGAGGGCAUUAAUAAAUAAACAUACAUUUGCUUCCUUACCUCAGCAUUUUCAACAAUACCUCCUGCUUUUACUCCCAGAAGUGGAUAGGCAGAUGGGAAGUGAUGGAAUUUUACGCCUCAGCACUUCAGCUCUGAAUAAUGAAUUUUUUGCAUAUGCAGCGCAAGGGUGGAAGCAACGACUGGCAGAAGGGGAAUUUACCCCAGAAAUGCAAUUGCGGAUAAGGCAAGAAAUUGAGAAGGAAAAGAAAACAGAACCUUGGAAAGAAAAAUUCUUUGAGAGGUUUUAUGGAGAAAAGUUGGGCAUGUCGAGAGAGGAUUCUGUGAAGCUGACUUCCGGACCAAACAGUGAUGGAGCUGAGAGUAGUUCCUCCUGUGGGACCUCUGGCCCUCCUGGGCCUUCUGUGCAGACGCCCUUGGAAGAAGAAAAGCCAAAAAGCAUGAGAAGCGCAGCUUCUCCAGAGCCUGAUUUCUGCGACACGCUGUGUCCUAUGAUAGAGGGUGCAGCGAGAGACGCCAUGGCGGAGUCCGCACCUGAGGAUAUCCUGAUUCCUGAGGCGUCUCUGAUUCAGGAGGAAGUUGCAGAAGAGGUGGAGACUAGCAUCUGCGAAUGCCAGGAUGAACAUCACAAGACAAUCCCUGAGUUUUCUGAGGAGUCUGAAAGUCCAGCCCACCCUUGUGAAGAGCCUCAAAUAACACCUCCCGAAGAUACCUUGGAAUCCUGUGUUGUGAUGAACGAUGUUUUAGAAACGUUGCCUCAUCUUGAAGUUAAGAUCGAAGACAAAUCAGAAUCUCCCCAGGAAGAAAUGUCCGUUGUUAUUGAUCAGCUUGAAGUCUGUGACUCUCUUCUUCCUUCCACUUCAUCUGUGACUCAUGUCAGUGACACAGAACUUAAGGAGCCAGAAACUGUAAUAGAGACCAAUACUCCAAAAAUAAAAACAGCAGCACCUUCUCUGGAAGACCAGUUUCCAAGUGAAGGAGUUGCUGUGGACAUGGAGCUGCAGAGUGAUCCUGACGAGCAGCUUUCUGAAAACGCUUGCGUCUCUGAAACGUCCUUCUCCUCCGAGAGCCCAGAGGGAGCCUGCACCAGCGUGCCAUCCCCAGGUGGGGAAACCCAGUCCACAUCAGAGGAGUCAUGUACUCCAGCCUCCCUGGAGACAACAUUUUGUUCUGAAGUGUCCAGCACUGAAAAUACAGACAAAUAUAAUCAGAGAAAUCCUCCUGAUGAAAACCUUCAUGCAUCUCUGAUGUCAGAAAUAUCUCCAGCAUCCACGUCACCUGAAAUAUCAGAAGCAUCACUUAUGUCCACUUUGCCAUUAACCUCUGAAGCAUCACCAGUAUCCAACUUACCUCUAACAUCGGAAACAUCACCAAUGUCAGAUUUACCCUUGACAUCCGAAACCUCUUCAGUGUCUUCCAUGCUUCUCACCUCCGAGACCACUUUUGUGUCUACUCUGCCACUUCCCUUGGAAACAUCUCCAGUUUCUAAUUCUUCCAUGAAUGAAAGAAUGGUGCACCCACAAAAAAAGUCGCCUUCGGUAUCUGAAGAACCGCUCUCCCCGCAGAAAGAUGAGCCUUCUACCCCUGCCAAAUCCCUGGCUGAGAACUUUAUCUCUCAACCCAAGACUCUGUCCAGUACUCCUGAGCCCAUCAAAAUGGGUCCUUCUUCCAUAGCUCCUGAAGCUUUUCCAUCUGAAGAAUUGCACAGUAAGACCCUGAGUCAGCAGCCUUCUAAAUCACACGUGGAAACUGAGAAGCCCUAUCCUGCUUCUAUCCCAGAACUUCCUUCUGCAGAAAUGAUGAAAGUUAAAAAUCAUAGCGUUCUGCAGAGAACAGAAAAGAAAGGCAUGUCCUCCCCAUUGGAAGUAUCUGUCUUUUCUGAAGAGACAGAGAGUAAGGUCAGUGAGCUUCCCUCAGUUAAAUUACAGGAUAAGCAGUAUGUCUCAUCGGUGGAUAAGGCUUCAUUUUCAGAAGGUUCUAGAAAUAAAGCACAUAAACAAGGGAGCACACAGAAUCGGUCGGAGAGCUCGCAUGCUUCCAAGUCAGCAGAGCCCUCCAGGUCACCUGAGGGGGUAAGAAAUGACAGCAGAGAAUCAGAGAUAUCAAAGAGGAAAACCGCAGAGCAGCACAGCUUUGGAAUUUGUAAGGAAAAGAGAGCUAGGAUAGAAGAUGAUCAGUCAACCCGGAACGCAUCAUCCAGCAGCCCACCGGAGAAAGAGCAGCCUCCAAGAGAGGAACCCAGGGUUCCUCCGCUCAAGAUCCAGCUUUCCAAAAUUGGACCGCCUUUUAUUAUCAAGAGCCAGCCAGUCUCGAAACCAGAAUCGCGCACAUCCACUAGCACGUCUGUCGGUGGGGGGAGGAACACAGGAGCCAGGACCCUUGCAGAUAUCAAGGCUCGUGCCCAGCAAGCUCGGGCGCAGCGUGAAGCUGCUGCGGCUGCUGCUGUAGCUGCUGCAGCAAGCAUCGUCUCAGGAGCCAUGGGGAGCCCAGGAGAGGGAGGAAAAGCAAGAACCCUGGCACAUAUCAAAGAGCAGACCAAGGCUAAGCUCUUUGCAAAGCAUCAAGCCCGAGCCCACCUCUUCCAGACCACUAAAGAGACCCGGUUGCCUCCGCUCAGCUCCAAGGAAGGGCCUCCGAGUUUGGAUGUCUCCUCUACCCCUGAAACAAAAAUGGAAGGUUCCACAGGCGUCAUUAUUGUCAAUCCUAACUGCAGAUCUCCUAGCAACAAGUCUGCACACCUCCGGGAGACCACCGCUGUAUUGCAGCAGUCUCUCAACCCCGCUCAACUUCCAGAAACUGCCACGGACUUAUCCGUGCAUAGUUCUGACGAGAACAUACCUGUGUCACAUUUGUCUGAGAAAAUUGUUUCAUCUACCUCUUCUGAAAAUAGCAGUGUUUCCAUGCUUUUUAAUAAAAAUCCUGUCCCUGUGUCGAUUUGCAGCACUGCUAUGUCGGGAGCAAUUAAAGAACAUCCCUUUGUGAGUUCCGUUGAUAAGUCAUCUGUCCUAAUGUCUGUUGACAGUGCAAACACUACGAUUUCUGCUUGUAAUAUAAGCAUGUUAAAAACCAUGCAGGGAACUGACACUCCGUGCAUAGCCAUUAUACCAAAAUGCAUUGAAAGCACUUCUCUUCCAGCCACUACAGAGGGCUCCAGUGUCCUGAGCUCCACAGACGAGAAGCAGUUGCUCAUCUCCUGCAGCAGUGCCAGUAACUCGGUCUCCGGUCAGUACACCUCUGUGCCAACUCCUUCCAUUGGAAACAGUUUGCCAAACCAUCUCUCCACUAGCUCUGUCUUGAUUCCCGCCCCGGGAAUGAACAACAGGUUUCCUUCUGAGAAGAUAGCCAUGCCUGGGAGUGAAGAACAGGCCCCCGCAUCCAUGGGUACCACUGUGAGAGCAGCCCUCGGCUGCAGUGAUUCCGUGGUGGCCACGGACUCGCUGGUGGCACGCCCGCCUGUCGCGAUGUUUGCUGGAAACGUGCUAACAGUAAACUCCUAUGACAGUCCUCCCAAGUUAAGUGCCGAAAGCUUGGACAAGCAUUCAGGGCCUCGGAACAGGGCAGACAAUUCGGGAAAACCUCAGCAGCCAGCAGGGGGCUUUGCACCAGCAGCCAUAAACAGAUCAAUUCCGUGCAAAGUCAUUGUGGACCACAGCACCACGCUGACCUCCAGUUUGUCACUGACUGUCUCCAUUGAAAGUGCAGAAGCCACCGGGGACCCGCAGAGCAGAUUGGUGAGGACAGAGACAUCCAUACAGCCCCUGGCAUGUCCUCAAGUUUCUGUGAUUAGCAGGCCAGAGCCAGCUGCAAAUGAAGGUAUAGAUCACGGAACUAGUUUCAUUGCUGUUUCUGCAGCAAAACAAGACUGUAAAACCUUGCAGGCCCCCUGCGCCAGUCUCCGAGAAUUGCCCCUUGUGCCAGAUAAAGUAAAUGAGGCAGCUGCACCUAGUCAUAGCUUUGCUGAGCAGGCCCAUGGCCCCACUACUUUCAAAAGUGAAGCAGACACAACCUGUAGCAACCAGUAUCCCCCAGCUAACCGGAUCUGCUGGAAUGAUGAUGGGAUGAGGAACACAGGCCAGCCUCUGCUUAGUCACGCAGGUUCAAGCAAACAGAAGGACUAUCUGGAGCAGAGCUGUCCGAAGGCUAUCAAAACGGAACACGCCAGCUACUCGCAUGUGUCAGAACUGCAUCCCAGGAACCUCCUGACAAAUAUCGCUCUUCCUGUGAAAUCUGAGCCUCCCGAAGCGGACAAGAGCUUUAGAAUGGAUACUGAAGACUUCCCUGGCCCUGAGCUGCCUCCUCCGGCUACAGAGGUGGCCGCUAGUGCGCAACCCACGCAGAGCGUGAAAGCUUCCACCUCGAGCCCCAUGGAAGAGGCCAUCUCCUUGGCUACCGACAGCUUAAAGAGAGUCCCGAGCGCAGGAAGCUCCAGCUGUCGUCUGUCAUCCGUGGAGGCUAACAACCCCCUGGUGACACAGUUACUACAGGGCAACCUGCCUUUGGAAAAGGUGUUGCCACAGCCCAGACUGGGAGGCAAACUCGAAAUCAACAGGCUGCCGCUGCCUCUUCAAACUACCUCAGUGGGGAAAGCAGCACCGGAGAGGAGCGUUGCUGAAAUGCCGACCAGCUCUCCCAACCCAGAUGGCAAGGGCUACUUGGCGGGGACUCUUGCCCCACUACAGAUGAGAAAGCGAGAAAACCACCCCAAAAAGAGAGUAGCCAGGACUGUGGGGGAGCACACCCAAGUUAAAUGUGAACCAGGGAAACUGCUGGUGGACCCAGACGUGAAAGGGGUGCCUUGUGUCAUCAAUUCUGGCCUGAGUCAGCUGGGACACAGCCAGCAAUUUAAGCAAGAGUGGUUGAGCAAGCACUCCAUGCAGAGCAGAAUUGUCCACAGCCCUGAGGUCAAACAGCAAAAGCGGCUGCUCCCCUCAUGUAGCUUCCAGCAGAACCUGUUUCCUGUGGACAAGAAUGGCGGCUUCCACCCCGACGCUGGUACCUCACACAGACAGCAGUUUUACCAAAUGCCCAUGGCUGCCAGGGGCCCUGUUCCUACUGCAGCUCUGUUGCAGGCUUCCUCCAAGAGCCCAGUGGGCUGUAAUGCGUUUGCCUUCAAUAGGCAUCUUGAACAAAAGGGAUUGGGAGAGGUUAGUCUGCCUUCAGCGCCUCACCAGCUAAGGCUAGCCAACAUGUUAUCCCCCAAUAUGCCCAUCAAAGAGGGUGAUGACGUGGGAGGUACUGCACAUGCAAUGCCAAACAAAGCAUUAGUGCAUCCUCCACCGCCUCCACCCCCGCCCCCGCCUCCCCCUCCACCCUUGGCCUUGCCCCCACCUCCCCCUCCACCACCUCCACUACCUCCACCUCUUCCUAAUGCAGAAGUCCCAACCGAGCAGAAACAACCACCGGUUACCAUGGAAACCACUAAGAGACUUAGUUGGCCACAGUCCACGGGCAUAUGUAGCAAUAUAAAAUCGGAACCUCUUUCUUUUGAGGAAGGUUUAAGCAGCAGCUGUGAACUGGGCAUGAAACAAGUUUCCUAUGACCAGAAUGAAAUGAAAGAACAGUUAAAAGCGUUUGCGCUAAAAAAUGCAGAUUUCUCUUCCUAUUUGCUCUCUGAGCCACAAAAGCCUUUUACUCAAUUAGCUGCUCAGAAAAUGCAGGUGCAGCAGCAACAGCAGCAGCUCUGUGGAAACUAUCCAACAAUACACUUCGGGAGCACGAGCUUCAAAAGGGCAGCAUCUGCAAUUGAAAAGUCUAUUGGGAUUUUGGGAAGUGGCUCCAGCGCUGCCACGGGCCUGCCUGGUCAGAACGCUCAGAUGCCCGUUCAGAACUUCGCCGACAGCAGCAACGCGGAUGAAUUGGAACUGAAAUGCUCUUGCCGGCUGAAAGCCAUGAUUGUGUGCAAAGGCUGCGGGGCCUUCUGCCACGACGACUGCAUAGGUCCUUCCAAACUCUGUGUAGCUUGCCUGGUUGUGCGAUAAGAGCUGAGUAAAAGAUGCAGUAUCCCUUUUCCGCACGGAAAAGCCAACCCGCAUCAGCGACAACACAUUGAAUAAUGCAGUGGCUUAUAUCAUGUUCAUUUGUUUUCCUUUGGAACAGAGUCUUUCCCUAGGAAAUGAUUAUUUUCUUGCAGUUCUCACAGAGGGGAGGACGCAGCCCAGCCCUGCGGCUCCACAGAAGCCUUUAGUUGUCAUUCCCAGCUUUGGAAAGUUUCUGUCAACGUGUGUGCAGGUCACUGCCCCCUUUCUUUCCUUUAUUUUCCCUUUAAUACAGCUGUAGAGAAGAAAAGGACAUGUUUACUUACUUACUAGUCACCAGAAGUGCAGAUGUAGAAAGAGAAUCGUAGAAGUAAAUUAAGGUGGUCAUGCGUUUCUCUGUAGAUGAGCCAUUACGGUAACGGUGUUGACAGUUGACUCUUCUGGACCUACCUGUACCACAGUGGUUAAGCCGUAUUUGGAGAGGGGAAUCUGAUUUAAACGUGUGAUGCCUUGUAUUUACUCCUGUCGCAAAAGACGCAUCAUAGGAGGCAUCGAUGAGCUCCACUGUCGUCCUUACUCUCUUUCCUCCCCUUUUGCUCUUUCUCAGAGACUGCGGUGGAAUAUCUGUGUCUGCCUUGGAUUUUGAACAUGUAUUGUAGUGAAUUGCGUCCUGCACCUGAAAUUGCAGCAUGGAACCAGUAUUCUGGUUCUUGCCCUUUGACACUUGAUCAUGUAAGACCACUAGGCCAACAGAGAGCCGUAGGCCCAGAGGAUUUUGGAGCCUUAUGUGUGGCAUUUAAGAGCAAAUAUGAAAAAGAAAUGACCUAAAAUUCAAAAAUAAAUAAAUAAAAUGCUGUAUAUGCAUGCCUAAAUAAGUUGAUAAUGUAAAUAUUAUUCUAUUCUAUUCACUCUGAUGCAAUUAUUGGAUGUUAAAAUUUGGGAGAAGAUAACUGUAGCCCUUGCUGAUGGCACCAGUGCACUCUGGCCUCCGCCUUUGCAGAGGUGGCCACAUCCUUUUACAAGUGUCAUCGUUGACAACAGGGACUACACAAGGCUGAAAUGUUGACAUUUUCCGAACCAUUUCAUUCUUCACGAUUCACAAUCAAUCUAUUUGCAUUUGGCUCUGAAAUAGCCCUUAUUUUUAAGAACUGUCCUAGGUAUUGCAUGUUUUGUUUUGUUUUGUUUUCCUCAGGUGAAUUCAAUACAUUCUUCAAAUCUGGGGGAGUGGAACCGCUUUUGAAAAAGGGAUACUGCAUCUUAACAGUUAUCGUCAGUGUUUAUCCCGUAAAGACUUGAGUGUUGAGUAUUUGAGCUUCGCUCCGUAUACUUUGGCCACCCUCACGCAAAGAACAGCUGUAGUUCAGGAGGCUCUGUUCCCAAAAGGAAGGUCACAAAGCACACACACACUGUGGGAAGAUGAAAGAAAGCGAAAACCACGCCCAUUUAACUUCCAAUCCAGAGCACAAAAUGUGGAGUGCCAUUAACCCAUUGAUUGAUUGUGGCUGUAGGAUAAAAACAAAAAUCAUGGGGUAGGGGGGAAACCAUCUGUAUCCAGGGUAAGAAUGACAUGUUCACAUGAGGUCAUCCUAAUCAAUGUAAACAUUUUGACAUUCCCUUGAAACACGUCUUAAAAGUUAACUGGAAUGAGCGGAAGUUACAUUCCUGAAAAAAGCAAAACUCAUUUGAUUUUCUGUAGUAAUCAACUAUGAGACAUGUUGUUUUUUUCUCCAUAUUUAUUAUUGUGAUGUUGCCAAAUCUCUGUAGGUGAUAGAGACGUCAUUGUUAUUAACAAAUCUCUGGUGGUGAAAGAUAAUUUGUCUUGAGAGAAAGAAAAGCAAAGAAAACCGGCCCUUCUCAAGGAAUCUAGUGUGAGUUCCAGCAGGUCCUUAUUUAUCUGCGUGCCAGGUUGUAUUUGGGUGCUGUCGUUAAUUCUGAAGAUCAUGCAGUUAGUGUCACAGCGAGGUAUCCAUGUAAUACAGACACUCGCAUGCCAACUUCUUCCAAAUUCAGUUGCCGCUAUCUCAGUGUCAGCUACUGUCUACACCAGCAGAUUCAAAACUACCGCAUCAGUAACUGGCACAAUGUUGAAGGAAACUCCAGUCUACAAAACCUUUGCACUCUGUAUGUGAGGUACAAUUGAAGCUGAUGUGAGACUGAGCUCAUUGUCAGUUCCGUCAUUGUUGAAUACUGCCUGUGAGUACUGGGUAUAAAGACAAGUGCCCUUCCGUAUGUUUGGAUUUUUUUCCCAUAACAGCUUUGGAGACUCAACUGUUGAUUGUGCAUGGAUUCCACCACCCAGGUCCAAAGAGCAUAAUUUUUCUGUGCCCUUGCUUUUUUUUUGUCCCCAGUUCAAAUCCCUAGUAUCUCACAUGGUUUAUAUUACUGAGCAUUAAUACUUUUGGACUAAAAAGUAAUGGGAAGAAAAUUCAGAAGUAAAUGUGGGUGAGAUAUUUUUUGGUAUCCACUUAAUAUAUAUAUAUACAAAAGCCAGUACAUAAAUUUGAGUUAGCUGAAUAGGUUUUUAGUUCAAUAAUUUCUACAUGUGUCUGCCUAUGUCCUAAUAGCUUGUGUAUGGUUAUUGUGGUGUAAUGUGCAAAUUUCAUUAUGUGCAUUAUCCUGAUUAUUGGACAGCAUUAUAUCCCUAUCAGGAAUAGAACUUGCACAUAUAACAUGUAAUUUUUUUUUUUUCACAAAGGAUGCGUUUCCCUAAGUAGCACUUUUGGAGCAAGGGAAGGAAGAAAACUGCUCUUCCCUUAUCCCACUCCUAUAUGAUAUGCAUAUGCCUGAGAUGUAUAAAGGCGUUUAGGUAGUUAAUGGGCAUGUUAAUAAGAACGUUCGGAUACAAAUUUGUUUUCAAAGUGAAAAUAUUUUUCCUUCCCCAAAGUCAGAAUAUUGGAAACUUUGGUGAACUGAACACCAUCGUUACAUAUAACAUAUCCCUGCAAAGGUCUAGUUUUAAAGAACAAACUUUAAAACCAACCUUUGAGGUUGAGCCUGGUUGUUACAAAGCCUUUGGCGUGGUGGUAUUUCUGGGAUGAGCUCUAGAAGGUUUGGUUGACUCCUGAACCAUGGAUAUUCUUACUCAGUUCAAAAUACACACACGAAACCAAACAAGCUGGUGCAUACGGUGCUUAUGAUGCAAUCAGGAGUCAAACUACACACUGCUGCAGCCCCGUGUCCUUGAUGAACACUUGCACAAUUUCAAAAGCAGCAGUUCCUGUGGCCUCUGGUUCACCAGUUUCUCCUUGGCUUAGUCAGUCCCUGGGAUUUGACGCUGAAACCACGCUUGGGGUUGCUUCGUCUCCGUGGUCGUGAGGCCUGGCACCGCACUAGCUGAACGUUCACAGCUGAGAGGCGCUGUCCCUCUGUGUUCCUCGAGGACAGCGUGAGGAGUCCUCAAACAGGACCUCCUCUGAGUAUCAGGGGCCUGUGUAGCCAAAUGUCACUGCAUAUGAAAAUCUGUCGUCUUCACGCUUUGUCACUGUAAAGCAAACAGAAAGCAUUUUUACUAUAAUUUAAAGGAGCUGCUUUUUUAUAGCACACACUAUUUCGCUUUGUAUAUUUGAUAGUUGCAGAAUAAUUUAGACUGUAGACAAACUUUGUUGUAUUUGUACUGUUUAUGAAUGUUUCAGAGAAAGUGCUUUACUCGGUUGCCAUAAUUUUCUUGUACUGCUGUAUUUCCCCUGCUUCAUGGAAACUAUUUUCACAUAUUUUCAGUACAGAUUUUUAAAUGUGUGUUUGUGUGGUUUUUUUAAAAAAAAUUGUCUUUUUUUUUUUUUGGUCAGUAUUCUGAAUGUUUACAUCUUUUUGACAUUAGCCAUUUAAUGCCUUUUUAAAAAGGCAGUAUUACUCCUACAGUGUAACAGCAAAAUGUGAAAUCAACCCAAACAUAACUGCAUGACAAACACAGAUUUGGGGGUGACGCCCCCACACAAACAUAGACAUUUUGUAUCAGCAUACAGAAAAGUAGAACCCUCCUUCAGUCCUCUACCAAAGAAUAUAUUAUUCCCCCAGGAAGAACUCAGAGCAGGUGUGUCAAAUCCGCAGGAAGGGGGAGCAGUUGACUCAGUGAGACUGCUACAAUUGAAUACUGUUAGGCUUGCUUUGAUACCUGACUAAAUGUGACUGAGUGCAACGAGCAUUGAAAAACGUUUUAGACAGUGUUUUGUUUAGAAUUCAGGGAUCAUGCAUUCUUUAAUGGUGCUGUUUGUUUUUUAUUUCUUCUUUUCUACAAAGAAAAAAAAAAGUGUUGCCUACAAAAGUGACUGCUCACAAUACCAUAAGUUAAAUGAAAUGAAAUGUCUGUCUCUUCAUGUUUCUCUCUUCUUCCCUUUCUCAAAGUAACCAUUUGGGUUUCAAUAUUAAAAUAUUCUGGAGAAAAUAAAGAACUCAAACAUGAAA